GUGCUUCCUCUCGCUCAGUGUGUGUGUGUCUGUGUGUGUGUGUGUGUUGUCAUUAUUAUCCAGUCUGCUCCCAGCUCGGAAUGGCCAGAUUCACUCAGACUGAAACAAGGAGGCAGCAGCAACUACAACAGCCCCAUCCCGCUCACACCGGCCUGGUUUUCACUGGACCGGGGGCCGCACCGACCCAACAUCCACUACUACUGAUUUCGCACCAGCACCAGUACUCUCUGAUCACAUUUACAAAACCCAUGAACGGGUCAGAAUCCAUUUCCAUUCAUCCGGACAGCGGCAACAUGAAAGACCAAGAUGCCAUAAAGCUAUUUAUCGGGCAGAUACCGCGGAACCUCGAGGAAAAAGACCUGAAACCCCUAUUCGAACAGUUUGGGAAAAUCCACGAACUGACAGUUUUGAAGGACCGAUACACCGGCAUGCACAAAGGCUGUGCGUUCCUUACCUACUGCGCACGCGAGUCUGCCAUUAAGGCCCAGAAUGCCCUCCACGAACAGAAGACGCUGCCAGGGAUGACUCGUCCCAUCCAGGUGAAGCCGGCUGACAGCGAGAGCCGUGGAGAACUGCCGUCGACGCUCCGAUCCAAGCAAACAAGCAGAAAGGGCGUCGUGGUUUUUAUUGGCCGGUACCAUGUGGGGCCGCUGGGGCUCAAGAAGGCUGGAGAUGGGCAGGCUGGGCCUGACCACGGCUAG